AUAAAAUGUGUUUAGCCCAGUGUUUUCCCCACAACGGGGUCAUUAGCUAGCACUGGCCAUGAAUCCAUCACCAUCUCCGUCCCCGCAUUUGCAGGGACAGGCUAUUACGGUGCCUCUCCUGGUUCCUACAAACAAUUCGUCAAACAGACUCAAGAAAUGCUAUGCGGUCGUUUCAAAGAAUAUGCUCUUGACGGCUGCUUUGGAUGCUAUGCACACGGGGGAAUUGAGGGGGAUUGAGGAGCUCAUUCAGCACUUGACGAUUGGUCCUGCGGGUGGGCGUGCACAUGAGCUGGUGACAGAGCAUAAGAUGGCGGCCAGUCCGCAUGCGAAUGCGAUGGCCGUUGAGCACAAGAGUCAGACGCCUGGUGCUAGUCCACAGGCAAAUCGAUGGAAAGUAACCUAAUGAAUGUGGAAAAGAGAGAAAUUGUACACUAUGCAUCCACGGGGAUUCAGUAUCUGCAAAAUUCGGUACCUCUACCUUUGGAGGUUACGAAUAUGUCGGCGUCCGUGUCGGCGUCUUCUGUAGAUACAUUCCUGGGUCCCCCAACGGCGUCAAUGACACCACGUCCCCUCCUCAACCACACAUCCUCUCUCGACUCUCUCUUUUCUUCUCCUUCUUCUUCGCCAUCUGAAUUUCUCCCCUCCUCGCUCAUUUCCACAUCUUCCACGAUUACCCCUUCAUUCGAAUCCUCUUCCUCACAUGGAGCCUCCAUCGGAUCUUCAUCCGGUACAUCCAUAUCCAUUACGCUCCCCCCAUCAGCAACAACGACAACCCCCUCAGCCCGUCAUCGACUCAAAAAGAAAUUGUAUACACAAGCCCUCGAGCGCGCGGCAACCGAGAAAACCAACCAAGUCGAAGCCCUUUCAGGAUCCCUUGAUCGGAUGUAUCGAGAAAUCCGCUUUUUACGCGAUUUGGUGGUUGAGAGGGAUGGACGAGAAGCUUUGGAUCGCCUAUAUUGGGAGAAUGCGGUGGUUUUGAGUCAGUAUCAGCAUUUGGAGGGGCCUGUUGAUGCUGCUGAAAAUUCCUUUGCUUCUGGAUGAUUAGGAAUGGAUAUAGGUAGAAUUGUAUAUUAUAUUAACAAAAGUUGCUUGGUGUGUGCUCAG